GAAAAGGCUUUGCAACUCAGUUGCAUUGAUUCGUUGUAAACAUGGCAGGCUUUGGAAAAUUUACCAAAGUUUUCCUCGUUCUUAGUAUAUUUAUUUUGGUUCAAUGUAAUGCUGUCGAAUCGAAAACAAUACCACAAUUUUUGCGAUCCAUAUUAAAUGCUGUAAGAAGAAUUGAAAAGCGACUAGCUUCGUACGCGCAUUUAAAUUCACAGCCAGCUCAUGAAAUUGAUCAGAAGAAAAAAGUUAUCGAUUCUUCUACUGAAAAUGAUAUGACCAAUGAGAAUUCCACUCUUGCAAGUGAACAGAAAAAUAAUGACAUCGCAGAACUUGAAAAGGUCUUGGAUAAACCUGAAAACAUAAAUGUGGAUAUAUUAAAAGAACACCAGCAGAAAAUAGUAAAACAUCCUCAUCAUGGUAAAGUUUCUCGCAAACCCGUUCCAAUAGAUAUCGAGAGUAGCAGUAAAGAGUCCGAAGAAAAUAAAAAAUUCGUUGAUGAUACCACAGUAAUGUUGGACGAUGAAUCGGAUGACAGCACCAAAGUAAAUCAUAAAACAAAAAACUCGCAUCAUAAUUUGCAAUCGGACAUGAAAAAGGUACAUAGCAAUGGUGAUAAGCGAGUGAAGAAAAUAAAAAAGAAACCAGUACUUUUAAAAGAAGAUGAGUAGUAAAAAGUGUACAUAUUUGUGUAAGGCAAACAUUGAUA